GGGUCCCCGCGGGCGGGGCGGGGCGGGGCGGGGCGGGGCGGCGAGGCGACCCGACGGGUGGGGGCCCCCCGCUCCCGGCUCGCCCCGCCCCCGGCCCCGGGACUUUUCUGGGCUGCGGCGCGGGCGGCGGGAGCCGAGGACAUGCGGGGACUGCGGGACUGCGGAACCAGGGGGCCCGGCCGACCGCCCCCCGCGCUCAGGAUGCGGCUGCGGCUCUUGGUGGCCGCGCUCUGCGCCGGGAUCCUGGCAGGGGCGCCCCGAGCGCGGGCCCAGCCCCGGGAGAGAGUGACCUGCACGCGCCUUUACGCCGCGGACAUCGUGUUUCUCCUGGACGGCUCCUCUUCCAUCGGCCGCAGCAACUUCCGCGAGGUGCGCGGGUUCCUGGAGGGGCUGGUGCUGCCCUUCACCGGGGCGGCCAGCGCGCAGGGCGUGCGCUUCGCGGCUGUGCAGUACAGCGACGACCCGCGGACGGAGUUUGGCCUGGAUGCACUCAGUUCAGGGGGUGAUGCCAUCCGGGCUAUCCGAGAACUCAGCUAUAAGAAGGGCAACACGCGCACGGGGGCCGCCAUUCUCCAUGUAGCUGACCACGUCUUCCUGCCCCAGCUGGCCCGGCCCGGUGUGCCCAAGGUCUGCAUCCUCAUCACAGACGGGAAGUCUCAGGACCUGGUGGAGGCGGCCGCCCAGAGGCUGAAGGGCCAGGGGGUCAAGCUGUUUGCUGUGGGGAUCAAGAAUGCCGACUCCCAGGAGCUGAAGCUAGUCGCCUCGGAGCCGACCAACGACUUCUUCUUCUUUGUCAAUGACUUCAGCAUCUUGAGGACACUGCUGCCCCUCAUCUCCAGGAGGGUGUGCACGACUGCUGGUGGCGUGCCCGUGACCCUGCCCCCUGAUGACUCAGCCUCUGGUCCACGAGACCUGGUGCUGUCUGAGCCAGGCAGUCAGUCCCUGAGGGUGCAGUGGACGGCAGCCGGCGGUCCCGUGACUGGCUACAAGGUCCAGUACACUCCUCUGACGGGGUUGGGACAGCCAGUGCCAAGUGAGCGGCGGGAGGUGAGCAUCCCAGCCGAGGAGACCAGCACGUGGCUGCAGGGUCUCCGGCCACUGACUGAGUACCAGGUGACCGUGGUCACCCUCUAUGCCAACAGCAUCGGGGAGGCCGUCAGCGGAACAGCGCGGACCACUGCUCUGGAGGGGCCGGAGCUGACUGUUCAGAACACCACGGCCUCCAGUCUCCUGGUAGCCUGGCGGGGUGUGCCAGGUGCCACUGGGUACCGUGUGACAUGGCGGGCCCUCCAUGGUGGGGCCGUGCAGCAGCAGGAACUGGGCCCUGGUCAGCGGUCAGUGCUACUACAUGGCCUGGAGCCUGGCACAGAUUACGAGGUGACUGUGAGCUCACUGCUGGGCCGGAGUGUAGGCUCCACCGCCUCCCUGAGUGUGCGCACUGACAUUUCUGUUGAGCAAACUCUGCACCCGGUCAUCCUGGGCCCCACAUCGAUCCUCCUUUCCUGGAACCUGGUGCCUGAGGCUCGUGGCUACCGGCUGGAGUGGCGGCGUGAAGGUGGUCUGGAGCCACCACGGAAGGUGGUGCUGUCCCCUGACGUGACCCGAUACCAACUGGAUGGGCUGCAGCCGGGCACCAAGUACCGCCUCACACUCUACACUCUUCUGGAGGGCCGCGAGGUGGCCACGCCUGCCAGCGUGGUGCCCAGUGGGCCAGAACUGCCCGUGGGCCCUGUGACAGACCUGCAGGCGACUGAGCUAUCUGGGCAGCGGGUUCGAGUGUCCUGGAGCCCAGUUCCCGGUGCCACCGAGUAUCGAGUCACUGUGCGCAGCACCCAAGGAGUCGAGCGGACCCUGGUGCUCCCUGGGAGUCAGACAGCCUUUGACUUGGAUGACAUCCAGGCUGGACUUAGCUACAGCGUGCGAGUUUCUGCUCGAGUGGGCUCUCAAGAAGGUAGUGCGAGCGUCCUCACUGUCCGCCAAGAGCAAGAACCCACGCUGGCCGUCCCAGAGCUGCGAGUUGUUGCAUCAGAUGCAACCCGAAUGAGGGUGGCCUGGGGACCUGUUCCUGGAGCCAGUGGGUUUCGGGUUACUUGGAGAACAGAUGAUGGUGCGGCAUCCAGCCAGACGCUGGCCCCAGAGUCCACUACCACAGAUAUCGUGGGGCUGCGGCCGGGAACCACGUAUCAGGUGGCUGUGUCGGUGCUUCGAGGGAGAGAAGAGAGUCCUCCUAAGUUCAUUGUGGCUCACACCGAUCCUCUGGGCCCAGUGAGGACAGUCCACGUGACCCAGACCAGCAGCUCAUCUGUUACCAUCGUCUGGAGCAGGGUUCCUGGAGCCACAGCAUAUAGGGUGUCCUGGCACUCAGGCCGUGGCCCAGAGAAAUCCCAGUUGGUCUCUGGGGAGAACACGGUAGCUGAACUGGAUGGGCUCGAACCAGACACUGAGUACACAGUGCAGGUGUGGGCCCACGUGGCCGGUGUGGAUGGGACUCCUGCCUCUGUGCUCGCGAGGACCGACCCCGAGCCGGUGGGCCGCGUGUCGAAGCUGCAGAUCCUCAAUGCCUCCAGCAAUGUUGUGCGGGUCACCUGGGUGGGCGUCCCUGGAGCCACGGCGUACAGACUGGCCUGGGGCCAGAGCGAGGGUGGCCCCACAAGACAGCAGAUUCUAUCUGGAGACACGGAAUCUGCAGAAAUACGGGGCCUCGAAGGAGGGGUCAGUUACUCGGUGCGAGUGACCGCGCUGGUUGGGGACCGCGAGGGAGCGCCGGUCUCAAUCGUCGUCACUACACCCUCUGAACCUCCCAAGCUGGAGACCCUUCGCGUGGUGCACCGAGGGGAGCACUCGCUGAGGCUGCACUGGAAACCGGUGCCCGGGGCACAAGGUUUCCGCCUGCGUUGGCGGCCCGAGGGUGGUCAAGAACAGUCCCGGAUCCUGGGGCCGGAGCACAGCAGCUAUGAACUGGAUGGCUUGGAGCCUGCAACCCCGUACCAAGUGUGGCUGAGCAUCUUAGGGCCCUCUGGAGAAGGGCCUCCCACAGGAGUGACUGCACGCACGGAAUCACCCCAUGUCCCAAGCACUAGGCUCAGUGUGCUGGCUACCUCAGUUGACUCGGUGACUCUGGCCUGGACCCCAGAGUCGGGGAUAUCCAGCUACAUCCUCUCCUGGCGCCCACUCAGAGGCCUUGGCCAAGAAAUGCCUGGGGGCUCACGGACACUUCUGGGGACCUCAAAUUCCCAGCAGGUGGCAGGGCUAGAGCCCGGCGUCUCCUACGUCUUCUCCCUGAUACCCAUCCGUGCGGGUGUGCAGGGUCCUGAGGCCUCUGUUACACAGAACACAGCGUGUCCCCAGGGCUUGAUGGACGUGGUAUUCCUGCUGCAUACCACUCGAGACAACGCCCAUCGCGCAGAUGACGUGAAGCGAGCCCUGGAGCGUUUAGUGUCUGCACUCGGGCCUCUUGGGCCUCAGGCAGUCCAGGUUGGCCUCCUGUCCUACAGUCACCGGCCCUCCCCACUGUUCCCGCUGAAUAGCUCCCGUGACCCUGGCGCCAUCCUGCAGAAGAUCUGGAAUGUCCCCUAUUCAGACCCAAGUGGGAACAACCUGGGCACCGCGGUGGUCACAGCGCACAGACACCUGUUGGCACCAGAUGCCCCUGGACGCCGCCAGCAUGUACCAGGGGUGAUGGUUGUAUUUGUAGAUGAGCCCUUGAGAGGUGACGUCUUCAGCCCUAUCCGUGAGGCCCAGGCUGCUGGGCUGAAAGUGGUGCUGAUGGGCCUGGCUGGAGCUGACCAAGAGCAGCUACGUCGCAUGGACCCCGUCCAGACCUUUUCUGCUACAGAUGAUGGUCCAAGCUUGGACCGGGCAGUCAGCGGCUUGGCCUCGGCCCUGUGUCAGAUCGCCAUAACCACCCAGCCACAGCCGGAACCUUGCUCAGUGCACUGUCCAAAGGGUCAGAAAGGGGAGCCUGGAGAGAUGGGCCUGAAAGGACAAGCUGGGUCUCCCGGUGCCCCUGGACUCCCGGGCAGGAUCGGUGCUCCAGGCCCCCAAGGCCCCCCUGGAACUAGCAUUGCCAAGGGUGAGAGGGGCUCUCCUGGACUAGUGGGGCCUCCAGGCAACCCUGGCCACCCAGGGACUCCUGGCUCCCCUGGUUCAAAGGGCUCCCCGGGGUGGCCCGGACCUCCUGGAGAACCUGGAGAGCGAGGGCUUCGAGGCCUGAAGGGGGAGCCGGGGGAGCCUGGACGAGUCACUGGAGGCGAGGGCCCAGGGCUUCCUGGGCGGAAAGGGGACCCUGGACCCCCAGGUCCCCAAGGACCUCGUGGCCCAGUAGGGGACCCAGGACCCCGUGGCCCCCCAGGGCUUCCUGGAGCAGCUGGCAAGGGUGACAAAGGUGACCGCGGGGAACGAGGACCCCCCGGACCAGGUGUUGGUGGCUCUGCCCCAGGAGAACCUGGGCUGCCGGGUCUCCCUGGGAGCUCUGGACCCCCAGGCCCAGCGGGCCCUUCUGGAGAGAAAGGAGAAAAAGGUGACUGUGAGGACGGAGCUCCAGGCCUCCCAGGACAACCUGGGUCCCCUGGUGAGCGGGGACCACGGGGACCUCCUGGAGAUGUCGGCCCCAAAGGUGAACGUGGAGCCCUAGGUGCUGCUGGCGGGAUUGGAGAGAAGGGUGAACGUGGACCCCCAGGCCCCGUGGGACCUCAGGGGCUGCCGGGAGUUGCUGGACGUCCUGGACCCGAGGGUCCCGAGGGACCACCGGGACCUGCUGGCCUCCGAGGAGAAAAGGGGGAGCCUGGUCGGCCAGGAGAUCCUGCAGGCGUGGGAGCUAGCGGUGCUGGAGCCAAGGGAGAGAAGGGAGAUGUGGGGAGCAGUGGGCCUAGAGGAGCUGUCGGGCCCAAGGGGGAGCAGGGCCCACCUGGACUGAGUCUCUCUGGAGAUCCUGGCCCCAAAGGGGACCGUGGAGAGCGGGGUCCCGUUGGCCUCACUGGCAGAGCUGGGCCCCCGGGUGACGUGGGACCCCCUGGAGAAAAGGGAGACCCCGGGCGGCCCGGCCCCUCCGGACCUGCUGGUUCCCGAGGACGAGACGGUGAAGCUGGAGAGAAAGGUGACGAGGGCCCCCCGGGCGACCCAGGUUUGCCUGGAAAGGCUGGCGAGCGUGGCCUUCGGGGGGCACCUGGAGUCCGGGGGCCUGUGGGGGAGAAGGGAGACCAGGGAGACCCUGGAGAAGAUGGACGAAAUGGCAGCCCUGGAACAUCUGGACCCAAGGGUGACCGUGGGGAGCCGGGCCCCCCAGGACCCCCUGGACGACUGGUGGACUCAGGGCCUGGAGCUGGAGAGAAGGGGGAGCCUGGGGACCGCGGACAGGAGGGCGCUCGGGGGCCCAAGGGCGACCCUGGGGAGAGGGGCACCGCUGGACUUCGGGGGCUCCCAGGCCCCCAGGGGGACCCAGGUGUUCGAGGCCCAGCAGGAGAAAAGGGUGACCGGGGCCCUCCUGGACUGGAUGGUCGGAAUGGGCUGGAUGGGAAACCGGGAGCCAUUGGCCCCCCAGGACUGCAUGGUGCUACAGGCAAAGCUGGGGAUCCAGGGAGAGACGGACUCCCGGGUCUCCGAGGAGAACAUGGCCCAGCUGGCCCCCCUGGAGCUCCGGGCAAACCGGGCGAGGAUGGCAAGCCUGGACUGAAUGGGAAAACCGGAGAGCCUGGGGACCCCGGAGAAGAUGGGAGGAAGGGAGAGAAAGGAGAGUCGGGUGCCCCUGGCAGAGAUGGUCACGAUGGUCCCAAGGGUGAACGUGGAAUUUCCGGCAGUCCUGGGCCCCAGGGUCCCCCUGGCCUCCCAGGGCAUGUUGGCCCUUCUGGCCAGGGUUUCCCUGGCGUUCCAGGAAGUGCAGGCCCCAAGGGUGACCGUGGGGAGACUGGACCCAGAGGAGAACAGGGCCUCCCUGGGGAGCGAGGCCUGAGGGGAGAGCCUGGCAGUGUGGGGAACGUGGAGCGUUUGCUGGAGAACGUUGGCAUCAAGACCUCCGCCCUUCGAGAGAUCGUGGAGUCCUGGGAUGAGAGCUCAGGCAGCUUCCUGCCGGUGCCAGAGAGGCGGCGUGGCCCCAAGGGGGAGCCAGGCGAGCGGGGUCUCCCGGGCAAGGAGGGCCCUGUUGGCUUUUCUGGAGACCGUGGGCCGAAGGGAGAGCGAGGAGACCCUGGCCCUCAGGGCCCACCUGGCCUAGCUCUUGGGGAGAGGGGCCCCCCAGGAUCUCCUGGCCUUGCCGGGGAACCUGGGAAGCCUGGUAUUCCAGGACUGCCAGGCCAGGCUGGGCUUGUGGGGGAGGCAGGAAGGCCUGGCGAGAGGGGAGAGCGGGGAGACAAAGGAGACCGAGGAGAAGAGGGCAGAGUCGGUCCCCCUGGCCCUCCUGGCGCCCCUGGCCCCCCGGGCCCCAAGGUGGCUGUGGACGACACAGGCCCCGGGCUCCCUAGACAGCAAGGACCCCCUGGACUCAAGGGCGCUAAGGGGGAGCCAGGCAGUGAAGGCGACCGAGGCCCCAAAGGAGACAGGGGCGUUCCAGGCCUCAAGGGAGACCGGGGAGAGCCCGGGCAGAGGGGACAUGACGGUGGCCCGGGUCUCCCAGGAGAGCGUGGCGUGGCUGGACCUGAAGGGAAGCCGGGUCUGCAAGGUCCCAGGGGUGCUGCUGGUCCAGUGGGUGGCCACGGAGACCCUGGGCCGCCUGGUGCCCCGGGUCUUGCUGGCCCUACAGGACCCCAGGGACCUUCUGGUCUGAAGGGGGAGCCGGGAGAGACAGGACCACCAGGCCGGGGUCUGCCUGGCCCUACAGGGGCUGUGGGGCUUCCCGGCCCCCCUGGCCCUUCAGGUCUUGUGGGUCCCCAAGGGUCGCCAGGUUUGCCUGGACAAGUGGGGGAGACGGGGAAGCCGGGAGCCCCAGGCCGUGACGGUGUCAGUGGAAAAGAUGGAGACCGGGGAGCCCCCGGUGUGCCGGGGUCGCCAGGCCUGCCCGGCCCUGCUGGACCCAAAGGAGAACAUGGGCCCAUGGGGGCCCCUGGCCAGGCUGUGGUGGGCCCCCCCGGAGCCAAGGGAGAGAAGGGAGCCCCCGGCGGCUUUGCUGGAGACCUGGUGGGCGAGCCGGGAGCCAAAGGAAACCAAGGACUGCCAGGGCCUCGGGGCGAGAAGGGUGAAGCUGGCCGUGCAGGGGAGCCUGGAGAUCCUGGGGAAGAUGGUCAGAAGGGGGCUCCAGGACUCAAAGGCCUCAAGGGUGACGCAGGAAUUGGGGCCCAGGGCUCCCCUGGACCAGCUGGACCUCCGGGCCUGAAGGGGGAAUCGGGCCCUUCUGGACCCCCCGGUCCUCCAGGUGUUGUUGGGUUUCCUGGGCAGACAGGCCCUCGAGGAGAGAUCGGUCAGCCAGGUCCCAGUGGAGAGCGGGGUCUGGCAGGUCUUCCGGGGAGAGAAGGCGCCCCGGGGCCUCUGGGCCCACCUGGACCACCAGGGCCUGUGGGGGCGCCCGGGGCCUCUGGACUCAAAGGAGACAAGGGAGACCCAGGAGCAGGGCUGCCUGGGGCCCGAGGCGAGCGUGGGGAGCCAGGUGUCCGGGGUGAAGAUGGCCGCCCAGGCCAGGAGGGACCCCGAGGACUCAUGGGGCUCCCAGGUGGCCGGGGGGAGCGUGGGGAGAAGGGAGAUGCAGGAACCGCAGGACUCAAGGGUGACAAGGGAGACUCGGCCAUGGUCGUAGGGCCUCCGGGGCCACAUGGUGCCAAGGGGAACGUGGGUGACCGGGGGCCUCGAGGUAUGGAUGGAGACAAAGGACCUCGGGGGGACAUCGGGGACCCUGGAGAGAAGGGAGCCAAGGGAGAGCCUGGUGACAAGGGCUCCACGGGGUCUCUGGGAGCACGUGGACUGACCGGACCCAAGGGCGAGCCUGGCACUGCAGGGCUCCCUGGUGAUCCGGGAUUGCCAGGAAAGGAUGGAGUCCCUGGUGUCCGAGGUGACAAAGGAGACGUCGGCGUCAUGGGGCCGCGCGGCCUCAAGGGUGAACGGGGGGUCAAGGGAGCCUGUGGCCUGGACGGUGAGAAAGGAGAUAAGGGAGAAGCUGGUUUUCUGGGCCGUCCUGGGCUGCCGGGACGCAAAGGAGAGUCUGGGGAGCCAGGUGUGCCCGGCCCAUCGGGGACCCCUGGGAAGGAGGGUCUGAUCGGCCCCAAGGGUGACCGAGGAUUUGAUGGGCAAUCUGGACCCAAGGGUGACCAGGGUGAAAAGGGGGAGCGGGGACUUCCAGGAAUUGGGGGCUUCCCAGGCCCCAGGGGCAGUGAUGGCACAAGUGGUCCCCCUGGGCCACCUGGCAGUGUUGGCCCCAAAGGCCCUGAAGGACUUCAGGGUCAGAAGGGUGAGCGAGGUCCCCCUGGAGAGAGCGUGGUGGGGGCCCCUGGGGCUCCUGGAACCCCUGGAGAGAGAGGGGAACAGGGGCGGCCUGGGCCCGCCGGCCCCCGCGGUGAGAAGGGAGAAGCUGCACUGACAGAGGAUGACAUUCGGGGCUUUGUGCGUCAGGAGAUGAGUCAGCACUGUGCCUGCCAGGGACAGUUUAUCGCAUCUGGAUCACGACCCCUCCCUAGUUAUGCUGCUGACACGGCUGGCUCCCGGCCCCACCCUGUCCCCGUGCUCCGGGUCUCUCACGCCGAGGAAGAAGGCCACCCCCCUGAGGAUGACGAGUACGAGUACUCAGAGUACUCUGUGGAGGAGUACCAAGACCCGGAAGCUCCCUGGGAUGGUGCUGAUCCCUGCUCCCUCCCACUGGAUGAGGGCUCCUGUACUGCUUACACUCUGCGCUGGUACCAUCGGGUGGGGACCAGCGGCCAAGGAGACUGUCACCCUUUUGUCUACGGUGGCUGCGGAGGGAAUGCCAACCGUUUUGGGACCCGAGAGGCCUGUGAGCGCCGCUGUCAACGCCAAGUGGUCCAGGACCAGGGAACAGGCGCUGCCGGAACUGAGGCCCCAAUGCGGAGCUGAAGUUCAGUGUUCCCUGGAGGAGCUGGUGUCUCAGCAGGACUCGACUGUCCCCUCCCUUGGUGCUAGAGGCCCGAGUGCACGUGAGCGUGCACGUGUGUCCGUUAUUUCAGUGACUUGGUCCCGUGGGGGAGCCUUCCCCCCUGUGGACAAGCCCCCAUUGUGGCUUCUGCCUCCCCGGCAGAUGACUCAGUGGGGGGUGGCCGUGGACAGCAGGGCGGACGUGACUGCGGCUGACCCGAGCCUUGACCUAGGCCUGUGAUGACUUGGUGCUGAUUUGGGGGGGGGGUGCAUUAAAGCUGCUGUUUGAAAAGA